AAGUGGCCAUAGCAAAUAUCUUAGGAAAAAAGUGGCCACAGCAGAUAGGAGGAUCAAGGACUUGAAGAUAUUCUGUGAAUUACCUCACCAGGCAAAAUCUGUUUCUGGGUUGGAUGGAUUCGAAAAAUACAAUUUUUUGAAGGAUCCCGGAAGCCAUCACUCUAGACAAGUCUUGAGGUGUAAUUUUUAUCAGCGAUGUGGUAAUUUUUUAAGAUUAAUUGUCUCCUCAAUUGCAUUUCCCUGACAUUGGAAAGUGUUACAUAGUGCCAUUUUAGUGGAUUAUACAUCGUCCUGGAUCCUUAUUAUUUGAAGCGCACAAUGGAUAACAAAAUCCUUGAUUAUGCAUAAGGGUAUUCUAAGGUUCAUGGCAUGAGCACCAAAUGUUUGAUAUUUAGCUUGAGUUUUGCGGCAUUGUUUCUAUUAAGUUCAAAGAAUAAUUCAAUGACCUCUUGCGGUAAUAAUAUUAUCCUUAACCACAACUUCACUGAAGGGCUGAAUUCAUGGCACCACAAUUGCUGUGAAGCCUUUUUGGUUCCAGCAGGUGUGGAAAAUUAUGUUGUUGUUACAAACCGCAAGGAAUGUUGGCAAGGCUUGGAGCAAGAUAUUACAAACAGAGUUUCUAUAGGAUCCACCUAUACAGUUAGUGCUUAUGUUGGAGUGUCUGGUGCAAUUCAGGUCUCUAGUGAUGUCCAGGCUACCCUAAAACUAGAGUAUAGAGAUUCAUCUACUACCUAUGUUUUCAUAGGAAGAAAAUCUGUUUCUAAAGAUUGUUGGGAAAAACUGGAAGGCACAUUUUCACUGUCUAGUAAACCUGACCGGGUUGUAUUUUAUCUGGAAGGACCUUUACCAGGAGUUGACCUACUCAUUAAAUCAGUUGUGGUUACCUGUUCUUCCUCAAUAAAGUGUAAAAAUUCCGGUUCACAAUCCAUCUCUUCUGGAGAAGGGAUCAUAUUGAACUCCAUAUUUGAGGAUGGCAUGAACAACUGGUCAGGGAGAGGCUGCAAGAUUCUUCUGCACGAUUCUAUGGAAGAUGGGAAAGUUCGUCCAGUGUUUGGUAAUGUUUUUGCACGUGCAACAGAACGGACACAUACUUGGAAUGGAUUUCAGCAAGAGAUAACAGGAAGAGCAUUGCGAAAGCUUGCCUAUGAGGUUCUUGCUAAAGUUCGCUUAUAUGGUAGCAAUGUCACCAGUUCAGCUGUUCGUGCAACAUUAUGGGUCCAGAUGGCUGAUCUUCGUGAGGAAUACAUAGGCAUUGCCACUGUACAAACAACAGACAAGGAGUGGUCACAAUUACAAGGAAAGUUUCUUCUCAAUGGUUUCCCAUCUAAGGUAAUUAUUUUUCUCGAGGGCCCACCCCCAGGCACUGACAUUCUCCUCAAUACGUUAACCGUGAAGCGUGCAGCUAAAGUUCUUCAAUCUCCUCCUCCAGUGAUCGAGAAUGUAGAUUUUGGUAUCAAUAUUAUCACAAACACCAACCUAAACAAUGACACAAAUGGGUGGUUUCCUCUUGGAAAUUGCACCCUCACUGUUGCAAUCGGCUCACCACUUAUAAUCCCUCCUGCGGCUAGAGAUUCUCUUGGAGCUCACCCGCAGUUAAGUGGUCGCUACCUUCUUGUGGGGAAUCGUACAGAGACAUGGAUGGGUCCCGCGCAGAUCAUUACACAUAAAGUCAAAGCCUAUUUGACUUAUCAAGUUUCUGCAUGGGUUAGAAUUGGAAAAGCAGCCAGUGGGGCUCAGAGUGUGAAUGUUGCUCUUGAUGUGGACGGUCAAUGGGUGAAUAGGGGUCAAGUUGAAAUUGAUGAUGACAACAAAUGGCAUGAAAUUUGUGGAUCUUUCAGGAUUGAGAAAGAAGCAGCUAAGGUUAAGGUUUGUGUUCAGGGUCCUGCUCCAGGUGUUAACUUAAUGGUUGCCGCACUUCAAAUAUUUCGAGUUGAUAGAAAGGCACGGUAUGACCACUUACGGGGAGAAACCGAUAAGAUACGCAAGCGAGAUGUCAUCUUGAGGAUCUCAGGAUCAGAAAGUUUUCUUGGGACUGCUGUGAAUGUAAGGCAAAUCCAAAAUAGCUUCCCGUUUGGGUCUUGUAUUAGCAGAGGAAACAUCGACAAUGAAGAGUACAGAGAUUUCUUCCUCGGGAAUUUUAAUUGGGCUGUCUUUGGGAAUGAGCUGAAGUGGUACUCAACAGAACCUCAACAAGGAAACAUAAACUACAACGACGCUGAUGAGCUCUUGGACUUUUGCAUGAGAAACAACAUUCCUGUGCGUGGCCAUUGUAUUUUCUGGGAGGUCGAGGAUGUCGUUCAGCCAUGGGUCCGCGGCCUGGAAAAGAAUGACCUGUCAAUUGCUAUCAAAGCACGCCUUACAAGCCUCCUCACGCGCUACAAGGGAAAGUUUAAGCACUAUGACGUGAACAAUGAGAUGAUGCACGGCUCGUUCUAUCAAGACCGGCUCGGGAAAGAAACUCUAGCCAGCAUGUUCAAGGCUGCAAACAAAAUUGACCCUUCUGCCCUCCUAUUUGUAAAUGAUUAUCAUGUUGAGGAUGGCUGUGAUGCCCGGUCAUGCCCGGAAAAAUACAUUGACCACAUUCUUGAACUCCAAGAACGCGGGGCCCCUGUCGGGGGCAUAGGUAUCCAGGGACACAUAGAUUGCCCGAUUGGACCAAUCAUUCGUCACGCUCUGAAUAAAUUGGGAAUUCUCGGACUCCCUAUUUGGUUCACCGAGAUAGAUUUCUUUUCAAAAAAUGAAUAUAUUAGAGCUGACGAUUUGGAGGUUAUGCUCCGCGAAUGUUAUGCUCAUCCUUCUGUGGAGGGGAUAAUGUUGUGGGGAUUUUGGGAGUUAUUCAUGUCCAGGGAAAACUCUCAUUUAGUGAACGCUGAGGGGGAUCUUAAUGAGGCCGGCAAAAGGUAUGUUGCUCUUAAAAGAGAGUGGAUGUCACAUUGUCAUGGUAAUUUUAAUCAGCAGGGAGAGUUCUUCUUUAGAGGAUUUUAUGGAUCAUAUGAAGUGGAAGUCAUUGGAAGGUCAAAGGUAUUUACCAAGACAUUUGUGGUCGACAAGGGUGAGGAUGUUUUGAUAAUCUCCAUUGAUGCAUAGUUGGUGAGUUGGUGACUACUCUUGGGAUGUACACAUUUCUAAGGCCUUAUUAUGAUCUUGUGCUUAUCUUAUCAUUAGAAGCAUACAUGUUUGAAUUAUUACUCUUUUUCAUACAAAAUGUCUAGAUUUUGUGUGCCAGAGUAUAUUUAUAGUCUUAUGGAUGUAAAAAGCGAAGUUUCAAUAAAAACAAUGUGAUAUUACUAAGGCCUUAAAAAUUGGAAUUGAAAUUUAUGAUAAAAAAAGGCCUUAAAAUUUCAAUAAUAA